GAUAAAAACACAGAUUUAAGACAUGUAUCGUCAUAUCAUUACUCUGAUUAUAACUGUUUUUUUAUUAGAAAAAGCAUCGUUUUCUAAACCUAACAAGACUCUCCUUAUGCGAGUAGCGUAUUGGGAACAAAAACCUUUCAUCCAUAAUGAAAGUAAUGUGUUGAAGGGAAUACUGGUUGACAUAAUGAAGAAUGGGAAAGAUCACUGUCACGAUGAGUCGUCAAAUAAAUUUAUGAAAAUGGUUCGAGUCGCUUCAUCACGAAAAGAAUACAACCAAAUUUUACUACAUAAUAUUUCUACGUAUUUUAACGAUAACAUUACCACAUUAUGGGGUCCAGUUUUGUUUUCAAGUGAAGCUAGUCAAAACCUGAUGAAACUGAAACCUGACCAUUUGCUUUAUCAGCUUAUGAUAUCAAAACACAUGGUAGUUGUUGUGCCAAGGUACAGAAUAGAACUACUCUUCAAAACAUGGCAAGGACUUCUGAAUAGCAGUCAGGUUGUCAUGGUCACCAUUGUAACUUCGAUUUGUGUUGGAAUUCUUAUUUGGUUUGUUGAGCGGAAAAGAAAUCCCGAGAUAUCACAGUCAUUUUUCAAAGGAGCACCAACUGGAAUUUGGUGUAGCUUAGUCACAAUGACUACAGUUGGAUAUGGCGAUGUUGUUCCGAAACACUUCAUAAGUCGUAUUCUUAUCAGUGCUUGGAUUCUUCUCGCUUUGUCCUUGGCUGCGAUACUUACAGCAACAGUUUCUGAGAACGUCUCAGGUGUAUCAGGAAUAGACAUAAAUAAUCAAAUAGUGACAGUCUUGAGCAACUCAACAGAAGCGCAUGUGGCGACGAAGGUAUAUAACUCCAAACUAAUUCUUAAGGAAUCUUAUGAGGAAGUAGUCGAAUUAGUGCGUACUGAUUCGGUUUAUGCAGCAUUGUUAAAUGCAGAUGUGGCAGCUGCAAUGCAAAGUGAUAUCAUAAAUGAUGAAAAUGAAAAUCCACUUCGAAUUGUCAAACAAAUAAAAUAUGAUCAAGUUAUCUAUUCUGCUUUAAAAAAAGAUUUCAGUAAUGACAAGGCAAGUACACAAGUGCUUCACUGCAUGAAAUAUGAGUUUAACAACGACGUAUUUAAAAAAGCUGUUUAUGAUAAUCAACGUUACUGCAAAAUUGAUGUCUUAUACAAUGCUAAAGUCAUUGAUAUGUUUAAAGAGAAUAAAUUCAUAUGGAGUUUGUGCAUUAUUAUUGGAGUAUUGAUUUUUGUUGGUAUCAUUUUGGAGGUUCAGCGCAGGUUAAACUAA